AUGAGUAAUCCUGUUAUGAAUUACAUCAUAUUGUCACAAGGAAUGGGUAUACCAGUAGGAAAAUUGGCUCUGUAUACUGUAUUCGGAGGAGUCAGACCUUCAGCGUGUUUACCAAUAACCAUUGAUGUGGGAACAAAUAAUGAGCAACUAUUGAAAGACGAGUUCUACAUUGGACUCAGACAAAAAAGACCUACUGGCGAGGAAUACUACAACUUUCUUGAAGAAUUCAUGAAGGUUGUGAAGCAAAUCUACGGCGAAAAAGUUCCUGUACAGUAUGAAGAUUUUGCGAAUCACGAUGCUUUUGAGUUGUUGGUGAAAUAUGGUACCACACAUUUGGUAUUCAAUGAUAAUAUACGGGGGACAGCUGUUGUGGUACUUGCGGGGCUUGUUGCAUCGCUUAAGCUGCUUGGAUGGUCCUUAGUUGAGCAUACGUUCUUGUUCUUUGGUGCUGGAGAAAGAUCUUUUUUAGUAACCUCUGGUAAACUUGGAGCUCUAGCUUCUCCAGGACAAGAUAAAGGCCAGACCUUAAAAACUGAACUUCAUGUUCCGGCAGAGCACGUCGAAGAAGUCGUAGAUAAUGGGAAACUUGACCUGUAUGUAGCACGUAAUGGGUAG